UGGCUCCACUGGAGGAAAGCACACCCCACCUCACGUUAAAGAAGCCAAACUGUCUGCUUCAAAGAGAAAAGGCAACAUCCUGUCACAGGCCAUGCUCUGGCAAAAACCUGCAGCUGCAGAGCAAGCCUCGGCCCCGCCACGGCCGUACCAGGGCGUCCGCGUGAAGGAGCCGGUGAAGGAACUGCUGAGGAGGAAGAGAGGCCAUGCCAGCAGCGGCGCGGCAGUGGCACCUACCGCGGUGGUGCUGCCCCAUCAGCCCCUGGCGACCUACACCGCAGUGGGUCCUUCCUGCCUGGACAUGGAGGUCUCUGCUUCCGCAGUGACGGAGGAGGGUGCCCUGUGUGCCGGCUGGCUCUCCCAGCCCGCCCCGGCCACCCUCCAGCCCCUGGCUCCAUGGACACCCUACACCGAGUAUGUGUCCCAUGAAGCUGUCAGCUGCCCCUACUCAGCUGACAUGUAUGUGCAGCCCGUGUGCCCCAGCUACACGGUCGUGGGGCCCUCCUCGGUGCUGACGUACGCCUCCCCACCACUCAUCACCAAUGUCACGACAAGGAGCUCCGGCACGCCCACGGUGGGGCCCCCGCUGGAGGGCCCGGAGCACCAGGGCCCCCUCACCUAUUUCCCGUGGCCUCAGCCCCUUUCCACGCUGCCCACCUCCACCCUGCAGUACCAGCCUCCGGCCCCAGCCAUGCCUGGGCCCCAGUUCGUCCAGCUCCCCAUCUCCAUCCCCGAGCCAGUCCUUCAGGACAUGGAAGACCCCAGGAGAGCCGUCGGUUCCCUGACCAUCGACAAGCUGCUUUUGGAGGAAGAGGAUAGCGAUGCCUAUGCGCUCAACCACACUCUCUCCGUGGAAGGCUUUUAGGGCUGGCUCCACCUGACAGUCCUGUUCCCUGAAACUGGGAUUUAAAAAUGAGCCUGGAAUUGAGCCCCAGGUUCACAUCUGUAUGGAGUAGCCAUUUCAUAACUACAUCUUCUACCCCAAACUAGAAUUGUAGACCUUCCUUCCUUCCUUCUCCCCUUCCCUCCCUCCC